AUGUUUACUUUAAAACAGAGAAGGGCGCUUUUAAAAAUAAUAUUUGUCAGCGGCUUGACAAUAUUGACCAUUGCGAGCUUCCUUCGAGUAUUCAUUCCUCAAUAUUCACCUGGUCCCGCUCAUUAUAACAAACAUGAAAAAGUAAUUUCUCUGAAUAAGUCUCUUAAUUCCACUCUUGGCUUUGAUCACAUCUAUGUAAUUAACCUUGCUAAGAGGCCGGAUAGACGCAGGGUAAUGAAAGCCAUGACUGAUUCCCUUGGUUUAGAUGUCGAGUUUUUUACUGCCGUUUCUACCGAUGAUCGCAAAAUGUUGAAUAGAUUUAAUAAUUCCACUUAUCUGAAAGAUACUCAUAAAGCAUGUUAUAUCAGUCAUUAUUUGAUCUACGCAUCAAUUGUUUCUAAUGGUUACGAUAGUGCCUUGAUAUUAGAAGAUGAUGUAGAUAUUGAACUCGACAUCACAUCGAUAAUGUCCUAUAUUCAUCGUGUUUUACCUGAUGAUUGGGAUCUUCUAUACUUAGGUCAUUGUAUGAACUGGGAAGGUUCAUUCUUCGAGCCCAUAGAUGAUAGUUCUCCUAUAUUUAAAUUAUAUCCUUCUAAAAAACCAUAUUGUACACAUGCUUACGCAGUUUCAUACGCUGGUGCUCUCAAAUUACUAAAAGAACUUGCCGUUUUAGAAGUUCCAGUUGAUCUCGAAUUAAUAUCAAGGAUUGAUGAUGGAAUCGUCACUUCAUACAGUAUUGAGCCUGCUGUUGUCGUUCAAUGGCGUUCUGAUGAUAACCCGUCUGAUGUUUCUCCGGAUGCAGAAGUGGAACAUAAAACUUUAUUAAAUUCUACAUUAAAUUCAAUUGG